AUGCGGCAGCUUCCCACCGCCUUCCACAAAGGGUCGGAGCCGGGAGAUCGCCAAUCAAGCGCAUCAGGUUCGUCAUCGAUUAAGAAGGUUGCCUCUGUCGCAAAGUCCGACCUCCAGCCUCCAGUGCCGGAGCUUUGGCAGAUUACCACAUUUUACCUCCAAUCACCCCUGCAUCGCACAAACUCAACCAUCAUGGCGACAAAGAAGGCUACGAACUGGAAGUUGUGGGGAAAGAUGCUGCUUGGUGGCGGAAUCUUUUGCGUUGGCGGUCCGGCCUUCACCAUGUGGGUGUCGCCGACAGAGGAGGAGCUCUUUAAGAGAUACAACCCUGAGCUGCAGGCGAGGAGUCUGGCGAACCGCGAGAAGACACAGGAGGAAUUUGACCAGUUCGUCACAAAGCUGAAGGAAUAUUCCAAGUCGAACAAGCCGAUUUGGACGGUUCGAGACGAGGAUAUCGAGAGACAAAAGCAGGCACGGGUGUAUGAGCAGAGGAGGAAAGAGGCUGAACUCAAGGCGCAGCAAGCGGCGAUGCGCAAGGAGUCGGGUAUGUCGGAUGACUUGGACUGA